GCGAAACACAAAGAAACAUUUUUUCCCGCUGCAUGACAAACAUUUUAUAUUUGAAUAUGCUUUCGUUUUCACCACGCCAAGCUGCAAAGUAGAUGAGAAAGAGUUUCUUCAUCUAAGCAUGAAUAAACGAAUUUAAAUUGCGACCGCUUGCUGAACACUAUUUAUUUCGUUGUUGUCGUAUCCCGACGGGAGUCCUUACUUACAUUAUUUGCAGAUUUUUUGUACCGUACUUCUAUCAAUCGAAAGGACGUUUUUUCAAUCAUCUAGUCCUCCAACACUUUUUGCUUUUUACUUUUCAACGAUAUAAUUAAGAUCUUUUUUUUAUUUUCACAGAUUCCAGAACGCCUUGCAAGUUCAUCAAUCGCGAGGUUUGCAAACAAGAAAUUUACGCCUGCAGGACUUAUUCGCUGAAGAACGGGGGGAGUUGUAGAAGCAAGUGGAACUAGUACAAGCGGAACCAAAGUCGAGGAAAGGUAACUAAGGGCGAACUCUACCUAGUUUGGUUUCAGGAUAUUUAUUGUUCUAUUCGUACAGUUUAUGAGGCCGUAUUAUCAUUAUUCUGGACAACUUCCCUUGCGCAGGUUUUCUUGGAACUGAGUCCACCGGUUGCAAAUGGUGUGAUGAAGAGCUACGUACUGGGAACAUCAAACAAGAGUCGCUUCAUACACUCUGUAUGCCCUUUUUAAUGGGGCAGCAGCAACGGGGGAGGUUUGGGACGAACCUCGUGGUCACGUCACGCAUGACAAACUGCAAAUGCUCUUGAUCUACAUCAAAAUCUGUAUGAUCAGGUACUGACGGAGAUUUUAUCCCCCAUAGUAGCAACCCUCGCUGAAGAAGAAGACCGGGUGAAGUUGAAUCCCUCGAAGACGAAGAAUCAAAAUGACGAAGUGUCGUCGAUGUUCGGUUCGUAUGCAUUGCAAAAGUAUAUAUCGUACUAGUAGAAAUAGGAAUGCAAUUUUUUCCUGAAUUUAAAAUGGAAUUUGUAAUGCUGAAUGAGCAAUAAAAACCAGAUUUGUCAUGCAUGGAUGCAAUUGCUACGAGUGCGAUAGAUAUUUUUGCACAUGAUAGCUCGAGCGGGCCGGACGAGGCGGAAUCGUCGUCGGAAAAACCGCAAGCGUAGCAGCAAUAUCCACUGCUAAUAUAAUGUCUGGGUCUGGGAACUUGUGAUGCUGCUCCAUGCGUCAGAAAGUGAGUCCAAUACGCAGCCACGCAUGAGAAAUUUGUGACCGGUUAUAUAAUUGUGCGCAACUAUCGAUCCCGCAUGAGAAGUCGUGUGUUUGCAUGUCAGAGGACUGGCGCUAUUCCACAUCAUGCAUUACAGAGUUCAGGGGUACGCGAGUUGCGAGUUCAGCAAUACACGUCUCACAGUGCUGUUCCAGACCCAGACAUAUUUGCAAUCAAUAAGUAAAGCUUCCGGUAAGAAGAACUGCCAGUACGGGGGGAAAAAAACUGGCGGGGGACGGAAGAACGAGCGGGGAAAAAAUGGAAACAAGGCCGUUCCUGCGAGCACGGAAACCCAACUUGCAACCGAGCACCCGCUCGCCGAAGAAGCGGAGAAGAAGCCCAGCGGCGGUCAUCAAGUCGGCACUUCCUCCUUUUCUUGCGCGCGGCGAUCAUCUUCAGUCGCUAUUAAAGCAGCCGACGAGCAGCAGAGUGCAACCCAGCACGAAGAUGUUGAAGUUCUUUCGGCGCAGAACAAACAGCAAGAACACCGAGUCGCCCGCACGACUGUUCACAAACCUUCCACAAACUCGUGUCCGUUGCCGAAAAGCCGUGGCGUAAGGGUGGCAUUGAAGUACGGAUCCGGCUGCGCUCUCUUCCAGACGAGUGGCACGGUUAUCAAACAGAAAAGCGAAGAAACUCCUAUCCCAGAAAAAAAAUGAAAUUUGUGUUGCUAAUACUACAGCCAUCUCGCCAAAGAAAGGAAGGAAUUUUAUUCUGUCAAGGAGAACAAGUAAGGGUGAGUUUGUUGCAAUGCUAGAUGUAGAAGAUAGCAGGAGUAGAGAAACCAGACGUCGUGAUGCUGAACAGCCAAAAAGCAUGGCACUAAAACUCAAAUAGUUUUAUUCAUGUUCUGGUAUGGGAUUCCUACUUUUCUGUAGAAUAACCCUCCGACGGCCGAACAAAGGCAACAAGGGUUCCGGCAGCCCAACAUCUGUAUGCAUUGCAAAAGUAUCGUACUACUAGUAGAUUUUGCAUGACAAAUGUGCGUAGCAUGACAAAUAUAAAUUUGUAUAUGAAGCUUUACCUUGGGAAGGAUUUGUAUUGCAUGAUUGCAAUUAGUAGUACUACGAGUACGAUCAUACUUUUGCAAAGCAUAAUCUGGCGGCAGUGGGGAUUUACUCGACGACCCGGGCUUGACGAAUCAUGUGGAGCUUCCAGAGGAUUUGUCAGGACGCAACGCGGCGCGACACCAGGCGGGCUCGAGUAAAACGAGAAGGCGGCGGCGGAGAAAACGGCGCAGCUCGUCUUCGUCUAAGAACACUGCUUCGUCUUCUUCUACUGCUUCGAACGAUUAUAGCAAGGAAACCGUGCUGGAUGACGAGAGAGCAAGCGACUCGACCGUAUUGGAGAAGGAGGCGACGGGAAAGAAGAAGAAGGCUGCGGAAAUCAAGAACGACGAAAAGCACCAGCGCAUUGGCAGUGACAAGCACGGGAGAAGUUCUUCGACUUCUCAAGGCGGUUGUUGGGUUUCAGACGACCAGGACACUUGCGCGGAUCCGGACGCGAAGCAACCGGCACAGGCGCCGGCGGAAAGCAGGGGAACCUCCAGUGCUACUGCGUCCCCGUUUGAGUUUCUCAAAGAUGAGGUGGGACAGGCGCCAUCGUCACACCCGCAGUUGCCCGACGAGGAAAGCAGCAGUGCCGGUUUUGCCCAGAAGGUGGAGGGGCCGCCUGGGGAUGAGCACGAGCAGACAUGGCACAACAGGGGUGACAACGCAAUUAGCUCUGCUGCCGCAACCAAAGAGCGCGCUGAUGGCACGCAGGAUCGCGUCGGGGGAACGGUAGUUGGAGAUGCCCCCGCGCAGGACAGUCACGGCGAGGUGAAAAAAGGCGAGGGCGCUAUGCAUGAAGGUGCGGCCGAGAAAACGGCUGUCGCGAACGAGAAGACGGGAGCUGGUGCCGCGGUGGGUAUCAAAGUAAAUAGGCUCAGCGCCUCGAUCACCACGAAAACAUCCGUGCGACAAGCUUGCGUUGUCCAGAGUAGAAAACAACACGCGCUAUGAACGCAAAGAAAUAGUUUGCAUACGAAGCACAAGUGAGUCGAUGUGUUUGACGCUUUGCUUACGUUAGCGGGAUAGCCGACACGCGCAUCACUGUGUGGGCACCACUGUAACAAGCAUAAAGAACAAACGAACCAUAAACCAAACUUGCCCCCUAAACUCAGUCAGUGCGACAGGCGUAAUGCCGGCGCGCGAUUGCGAUUGUUUGAUGAACGGCUGACGUUUCCAACUGCCAAAACCGAAAAAUUAAUGCUAUUAUACGUUUAUAUAUAUACCUAGACCUAGACGAAGCUCUUCCUUUUCCUUAUCCUUUCUAUGAGACCGACGAGUGCGAGGGGCCUUACACUUUGAUAACACGUAGCAAAACCCGCGCAGAGGAAGCCCGAGCUGCCGAGAAUGCUGAAACCUUUGUGGAAAAAGCAGAGGAGUCGGGCGGGGGGAGUGUUUUUACGCAGUGUAAAAAUAUAUAUAUACGUGUCGUGAUGAAUGAUCAUGCAUGAAUGAGAAUGCGUGAGUGUGAAAGAUCUAUCACUGCGUUCAAAAAGUGGUGUCUUUCUUCUAUGCAUUAAGCCCAUAGACACGCUCCUGUGCGAGAUAUCGCAGCGAGUGGUGAUGCGGUCUUGGGAUUCUGAUCUGCCUGCUUGUAUGGGCCUGAUGAUAAGUAUAUAUUAUGUUUACAGUGGAUAAUAGCGAGGACUAACAACAGGCACGCCCAACUCCGAGAUCCUUUGGAGAGUCUAGAAGCUCCCGGCACAAGCACUGGCACCUCCGAAGCGAAUCAAUACCAGAAGGGUGGCGACGUCGCCACUGGGACUUGGCCUGGCCUCGCAGCACGGGUCUCCCCGGACCAAGCCGCGGCGAGUUCGAACAAUUUGGCGACCGGCACACAAAACGCAAGCCGCGAGUCGGAGUCGCUGCCAGCCGCGGCGACAGAUCUUCAGCAGAAUCGCCCCGACUUGGGCGAAGCCGGCUCGCUGAUGUUGACGGGCAGUGGCCCAAAGUCUGUUUUUUUGGAAAAGGAGGCGCACGGCCAACGUCAAUUCCACGUCGACGAAAAAAAACGAGAAGCGCUGAAUGGGCAUAAGAAUAAACAGGACGGGCGUGGCCGAGUUGGCUUGGGUACGGACACCGUUCCGGGCACUCGAGAAAGGAAGGAAGACGUUAUGCGAGCAAGGGCGGUUGUGGUUCUGGGGCCUAAAAAAUCUGAGUGGUUUGGCAUGAACAUGAAAACCUUGCUUACGCACAACUAAGCGGCUUUCUUAGAACCCACUACGCAGCGAGAGUUUCAGUAGGCUGCCUGGCUGUUGAAAUAAGUACUCUAAGCCGCCGCGCAGGCUACUGAAACAAUCGCGGCCCUCUUGCACUGGUGCGAACAGCGAGAACGCAUGCUCUUUCGUCGUGGAAAUCCUGAAAAGCCUGUUGAGGAAUCAUCCUGGCUUGUCAGGCGACAAUUAAAAUUAAAUUGCCCUGCAUUUGCAUGUCGCUAACCGCAAUGCAAAAAACUUGCGUAACUCCGAAGAGAACCCCAAACCGGCUGACGCUUGCAUCACAAAAAAAACAACUACGGCAGGCGCGGCACUCAUCGAGAAGUCGCAUCCCGGGCUCCGACGGCGUAGCAAUUCGCUUACGGCAAUUGGCACCUCACUUAAGACGUCACUUAGCACGGCACUUAGCAGGCCUUCACUGAGGGGGGCGACUCGCCUUCCAGCAACUUUUCGCAGCCCAGAACAACAAUGGCAAGAUGAGAUAGUACGACGACGAAGAGAGGCAGGACGAAUAUGGGGACUUCAUCGAGAGCAGAAUCACGAGGACUUGGCCGAAAAGGUGCGUAGACUGUUCGUCUAUCCGCUAUUACGUCAGCCGGACCACGCGGGCAUUUUUUUCAGAACUACCUUGGAGGCCUGGCACUGCCCAAGCUGGAUGCCGAGGGAUUCCGAUUUUUUUCGUGACGUCUGGCCCGAGCAUUUGUUUUUCGUUGCACGGUUCGACAGGCCGCAGCCAGUAGAGGUCCUCGUUUCUCCAGUGGAGCUCGACGGUCCUGAACACUAUGAGGUCAGACUCGCCACUGCUGUUAGUUACGAGUGGGCAUCGGCGGGGUACGUUUCGCAAGUGCUUCCUCACAAUGGUCGGGAGUGGUUGCACCGAAAAAGGACGUACAGGAUGGUACCUGACAACACUGGCAUCCAUCAGAAUCAGAUGCAGGGGCAGAGGCUCAAAAGAUCUUUUUUUUCUACCUACUGCCCUGAAACAUGGCAGCCUUUCUUCCAGAAGAGUCACGUCAGUGUUUGUGCUGCUAAUCUGACACCGGAGGACCUGGACCAAAUUUUUUUUCUAAGUCCACAACUUUAUUCACCUCCGAAGGACGCGCGCGCGCGUUUGAACAACUUGAUUCCCCACGGGGGCGGGUCGGUCCGGCAGCAGCGAGCCCAUAGAAGCGGGCCCCCGAUGGCCCCGCUUCCAGGCUCGUAUCUGUAUAGUGCAGCUGGGCGGGACAUGUAUGAGUUGUUCACGCACAACUGUGAAACAUUUACUCAAGACGUUUUUAAUCUUUUCAAGACGCCCUGGGGCAAAGCUUUUGAUUUGCAUUAUGCCACCCGGCCGACGAGGAUUGGGUCGCCGUGGACCACAGUUGAUGGCUAUAUGGUGCAACCCGGGGUGAACCGCGGGCACUGCCCAACAGAAUACGGGAGGUAACCACGAUGGCCGCUCCUAGAUGAGAAGCUGUUGGGCAACCGCCUAAUUCUGGCGCCCUGUAUUUCGAACUAAAUGGUAGCGAUGUAGCUUGAGCGAUUGCGAUGUUAGUUUUCUUCAUUAGAAGUGCCCGUCUUUUGAGGUUGGCUGCCGUUGACCCAGUGUGGUUCCCUGUCUCGUCGUCUUUUUCUUUUAAAAACUGGCUGUCCAAGAUGGUGACUUCAAUCUAUUAUUUUGCUUUGCCUUCGGCGGGUCUGUGCAUCGUAUUUUUGACUGUGAAGCUGUAGCACUUGUAUACAAGAAGUCAUGAAUUUUUGUAAAGAGAGAGGAGACCACAUUUUCAUUUCGUCGACGACUAUCAACAAGAAGUUUUGGAUUUCGGAAUAAAUAUACCGGGUUUAUUGAGUGAAAGAAAGUCUAACCCCCCUGUUUAACUAUCGAACCAGAUGGGGGCAAGCGACUCCCGCUGCCCGCCCUCCAUCGAACGGGAUAGAAACAGCUACAACAUACCUGCAAUGGCACUCAUAGGCCGGCAACUGAAAU